UGGUUUUUUCCGUUCACAUUCUUCUUCUUCUCUCUCUCUCUCUCUCCCUCUUUCUCUCUCCUCUUUCUCUCUCCUCACACCAAACCACACCAGCUUCCUCCCUUCAUCUCAAUAUUUUCUUAUUUGUGGAACUGCUUUUGUCUCCUCCUCUUUGAUCUUCCACAAGCUCCUCUCCCUUUUGCUUUCUCAAUCCGUUUCGGUAAAAAAGUUCACUUUUUUUUUGGCCCCUUUUGGGGUUCCUGAACGCGUUAAAGAUACUGUUUUUGUUGGGUCAAUGGGGUCCUAUUUUCUAAAAUUGCGGCCUCAAUUUUUGCGGUCUGGGGGUGAUUGAUUUGGGGGGAAGGAAUGUAGCUGGAGGAGGUGGUGUUGUGUUCUCAAUAAGAAUUUCAUCCUCAUUCAAAGGGGGUGUUGUAAAUUUCUUAAAUUUGAUCCGUUUUGAUCUACCCUUACAUUGAAUUGGUUCUAAUUUAAUGACUUGGUUGUGAAAUCUCAUUGGAUUUGGGCGGGUGUUUGAAGAAAGUUAGGAUUUUUGACUCCGGUGAAUCUGUGGGGGUGUUAUUCUUUUCUCUCGUUUGGGAUUGUGCACAAUCACUUGCUGAAUUGGGCACAAAUCUGAGCCAAAAAGUUCAUUCUUGUUGCUUGUGGUUGGAGGUGCAUUGAAGGUCAUUUCAUCAUGGAGCAUGUGAUUGGUGGAAAGUUUAAAUUGGGAAGAAAAAUUGGGAGUGGGUCUUUUGGGGAGCUCUAUUUAGGGGUUAAUGUACAAACUGGAGAGGAGGUGGCUGUUAAGCUGGAACCUGUGAAAACCAGGCAUCCACAGCUUCACUAUGAGUCAAAAUUGUAUAUGCUUCUUCAAGGAGGAACGGGGAUUCCCCACCUCAAGUGGUUUGGAGUUGAGGGAGACUACAAUGUCAUGGUUAUUGACCUUCUUGGACCAAGCCUGGAAGAUUUAUUCAAUUAUUGUAACCGAAAGUUCUCAUUGAAGACAGUGUUAAUGCUUGCUGAUCAAUUGAUUAACAGAGUUGAAUAUAUGCAUUCAAGAGGUUUCCUUCACCGCGACAUAAAGCCGGACAAUUUUCUAAUGGGUCUAGGACGAAAAGCAAAUCAAGUGUAUGCCAUAGACUAUGGCCUUGCAAAAAAAUAUAGGGAUCUUCAGACUCAUAGGCACAUACCAUACAGGGAAAACAAGAACCUUACUGGCACAGCACGCUAUGCAAGUGUCAACACUCAUCUUGGAAUUGAACAAAGCAGAAGGGAUGAUCUGGAAUCUCUUGGUUAUGUGCUUAUGUAUUUCUUAAGAGGAAGUCUUCCCUGGCAAGGACUGAAGGCUGGCACUAAAAAACAAAAAUAUGAUAAAAUCAGUGAGACAAAAGUGUCAACUCCCAUAGAGGUUCUAUGCAAAUCAUAUCCCUCCGAGUUUGUAUCAUACUUCCAUUAUUGCCGAUCAUUGCGGUUUGAGGACAAGCCAGAUUACUCGUACUUAAAGAGACUUUUCCGAGACCUAUUUAUUCGAGAAGGCUAUCAGUUUGACUACAUUUUUGACUGGACUAUGUUGAAGUAUCCACAGAUUGGUGGCACCUCUAGAGGGCGACAUGGCACUGGCAAGGCAGCUAUGCAUGCAGGUCCACAUGUACAAAAACAAGAAAAGAUCUCAGUUGGGAAAGAGAUAAGAGAGAAAUUCUCUGGUGCAGUUGAAGCAUUCUCCCGGAGGAACCCUGCAAAUGCAAGUCCUCGUCCUGAUCACACCAAACAUAGGAGUUUUGAUGAUGUACCAGUACAAAAGGAUUUGCACUAUGCCCAACACAACCCCGCUCGUUAUGGCAGCACUUCAAGAAGACCCAUGAUCUCAUCAAACAAGCAGACUUCCUCUGGUGACCAUACCGGCAGGCCAACCUUAAGUGGUGGCCGUCCAUCUGGUGCUCAUAGAAUUCAACCUGUAUAUGACACCAAACAAGCAACUUACACACGCAGUGGCUCUAUAAUAAGAGGCCACCGUGAUGAUCCUCUUAGGAGCUUUGAGCUCCUCAAUAUCAGAAAGUAAUUAAGUGAAGGGUGUGUCUUUUUGUUGUCAUAUCUGAAUUGUGACACACCUGAGAAUGCAAGACACCUUUUUAUUCAAGAAUAUUCUCAAGCAUUGUGCAAAGAAACCAAAGAAUCAAGUUCAUGGAUGUUACUCAAUUACCAUUGAGGUCAUUAUGGCAUAUGAUCUCCUGAUAUCAGUUUUGGACCAAGGUGGACUUUUUUCUGCCCCAGAAUUGCUUCAGAAGGUUUCUCAGCCACUGUAACGUGUUCUUAAAACGUCCCAAAGAGAAUUCAACUGAGAUUCUUUUUAUAUUUAAUUUCUGUACUAGAUGAGACCUGAAUUGUAGUAAGUUUUAUGACACACCAUGCUAUUGUUUGUGAACAAUGAGGUCAAACGCUGCCUGUAUGUUAUUAACACGUCUCUUGAGAAUGAAAUUUAUUUACAAGCUA